CGCGGGCGGCGGACGGCGGUCCCGGGAGCCCGGACGGCAGCCGCGGGGCUGCCCUGAUGGGGCAUGGCAAUGAAUGAGCAGGCCCAGCCCCAGCGGACAAGGAUGGAGAGCCGUGCCCAGGAGGGCAAGAAGCGACGCCCACCCAUCCCCACGUAGAAUGGCCAUCCUGGGAGGGCAGGUCCCCGGGCCCUGGCAGGGCUGCUGACCCUCAGCCUGCGAACCGUUAAGAGUAGAAGGACCCCAGACCCCUCCUGUGGAUGGUUCCCUGCCCUGCGGCUUCACCAUGAGGCUCCUCGCGGCCCCUCUUCUGCUGGCGUGGGUGGCCGGUGCCACCGCCGCUGUGCCCGUGGUACCCUGGCGCGUGCCCUGCCCCCCUCAGUGCGCCUGCCAGAUCCGGCCCUGGUAUACACCCCGAUCAUCCUACCGUGAGGCCACUACCGUGGACUGCAAUGACCUGUUCCUGACGGCAGUGCCCCCCGGGCUGCCCGCGGGCACGCAGACCUUGCUACUGCAGAGCAACAGCAUCGUCCGCGUGGACCAGAGUGAGCUCAGCUACCUGGCCAAUCUCACAGAGCUGGACCUGUCCCAAAACAGCUUUGCGGACGCUCGAGACUGCGACUUCCGCGCCCUGCCCCAGCUGCUGAGCCUGCACCUGGAGGAGAACCGGCUGAGCCGGCUGGAGGACCACAGCUUUGCAGGGCUGGCCAGCCUGCAGGAGCUCUAUCUCAACCACAACCAGCUCUACCGCAUCGCCCCCAGGGCCUUCGCCGGCCUCGGCAACCUGCUGAGGCUGCACCUGAACUCCAACCUGCUGAGGGCCAUUGACAGCCGCUGGUUCGAGAUGCUGCCCAACCUGGAGAUCCUCAUGAUUGGUGGCAACAAGGUAGAUGCCAUCCUGGACAUGAACUUCCGGCCCCUGGCCAAUCUGCGCAGCCUGGUGCUAGCGGGCAUGAACCUUCGGGAGAUUUCCGACUACGCCCUGGAGGGGCUGCAGAGCCUGGAGAGCCUCUCUUUCUAUGACAACCAGCUGGCUCAGGUGCCCCGGCGGGCCUUGGAGCAGGUGCCCGGGCUCAAGUUCCUAGACCUGAACAAGAACCCGCUCCAGCGGGUGGGGCCCGGCGACUUUGCCAACAUGCUGCACCUCAAAGAGCUGGGUCUCAACAACAUGGAGGAGCUGGUUUCCAUUGACAAGUUCGCCCUGGUCAACCUCCCCGAGCUGACCAAGCUGGACAUCACCAACAACCCCCGGCUGUCCUUCAUCCACCCCCGCGCCUUCCAUCACCUGCCCCAGAUGGAGACCCUCAUGCUCAACAACAAUGCUCUCAGUGCCUUGCACCAGCAGACGGUGGAGUCCCUGCCCAACCUGCAGGAGGUAGGUCUCCACGGCAACCCUAUCCGCUGUGAUUGCGUCAUCCGCUGGGCCAAUGCCACGGGAACCCGCAUCCGCUUCAUCGAGCCACAGUCCACCCUGUGCGCCGAGCCGCCAGACCUCCAGCGCCGCCCGGUCCGCGAGGUGCCCUUCCGGGAGAUGACAGACCGCUGCCUGCCCCUCAUCUCCCCCCGCAGCUUCCCCCCCAGCCUCCAGGUGGCCAGUGGAGAGAGCCUGGUGCUGCACUGCCGGGCACUGGCUGAACCAGAACCUGAGAUCUACUGGGUCACCCCAGCUGGGCUUCGACUGACGGCUGCCCGUGCGGGCAGGAAGUACCGAGUGUACCCCGAGGGGACCCUGGAGCUGCGGAGGGUGACGGCAGAAGAGGCAGGGCUGUACACCUGUGUGGCCCAGAACCUGGUGGGGGCCGACAGUAAGACGGUUAGUGUGGUUGUCGGCCGCCCUCCCCUGCAGCUGGGCCGGGACAAGGGAUGGGGGCUGGAGCUCCGGGUGCAGGAGACCCACCCUUAUCACAUCCUGCUGUCUUGGGUGCCCCCACCCAACACAGUCUCUACCAACCUCACCUGGUCCAGCGCCUCCUCUCCCCGCGGCCAGGGGGCCCCUGCUCUGGCCCGUCUGCCGAGGGGAACCCAUAGCUACAACAUCACUCGCCUCCUUCAGGCCACGGAGUACUGGGCCUGCCUGCAAGUGGCCUUUGCUGAUGCCCACACCCAGCUGGCAUGUGUAUGGACCAGGACUAAAGAGGCCGCUCCUUGCCAUAGAGCCUUAGGGGACCGACCUGGGCUCAUAGCCAUCCUGGCUCUGGCUGUCUUCCUGCUGGCGGCCGGGCUAGCUGCCCACCUUGGCGGUGGUCAGCCCAGGCAGGGGGUGGGCAGGCGGCCUCUCCUUCCGGCCUGGGCUUUCUGGGGCUGGAGCACCCCCUCCAUCCGAGUGGUGUCCGCGCCCCUUGUCUUGCCCUGGAAUCCAGGAAGGAAGCUGUCCAGGUCUUCGGAAGGGGAAACAGCAUCACCACUAUCACUACAGAAUUCCUGAAGCUCGGCCUGCUCUCAGCAGUAGACAAAUGACUAGGACUACUUUUUACCAAAAGGGAAGCGAUCUGGGCCCGAUGCCCUGCCAGGAAGGUGACAUGGACCCACGUGCUGGAGGUCUGGCAGCUGGACCAAGACAGAGGGGGCUUUGUAGUUCCAAGGGGUGCUCCCACUGCCUCCAGAAAGUCGCCCUUACCUUCCGGGAGCCUGUCCACCGACAUUCUGAGGAUCAUCUCCAAGGAACAGGAAGGACUCUGGCGAGAGCCUCCCAUCCCCCCGCCCCCCAAUUGUCCGUGUGCCCGGAGGCUCCUGGGCUUCUGCUUGGAUGUCCCCUGCCUGUGUCCCCAGGCCCUUGGCCCACAGGAUGCGCCCCCUCCACUUCUCUUUCUUUGCACAGUCUAAGUUGCUUGCUCUUCCCCCUCCUGGGCAAGGGCUGAGGGAGGCCUCUCGUCCCCACCAUGGGGGACCACUCCCGAACGAGGUCCCAGUCGCAUCUGAAAGCAUCUGAAAGACAUUUGGGGAGAAGGUUGCCGGGUAUCGGGGAUCGCCUCAUCUUGGCAGCCGGUGUGGCACUCCGAGAUUGACUUUCUAUAGGCAAUUUUGUACCUUUGUGGAGAAAUGUGUCACCUUCCCCACAACCCAGUUCACUCUUUUCUCCUGUUUUGUAAAAAAUAAAAAUAAACAAGAAUAACAA